AUGAAGGCAGCUCAAUCUCUGCAGACUUGUGCACGCUGUGCUUUAUUUCCCCCAAGAUCAUCACCACACCUCUUCAUCUCCUCGAGCUACCAGAGGUCAACGAUCCACGAUGCCGUCAAUCCUGUACUGCGAGGACAAGCAAGACAGCUCUGCUCUACAGCUCCUAGAUCCCAAAGCUCGCCUCUCGCAUCAUCGAAACCCCAACCCUCCAGAAAAACCAACAACAACAACAACAACUCGUCUCCCAACCCGAUGAGAAAUCAGCUAAUGGACCUGAUCCGCGAGACGCGGGCCCCGGAGCCCAAGAGGACAACAGAAACCGUCGCCUCGCGCUGGGACCAACUACUGGGCACAGCGCGGAACAACCAGAACGCCGCUUCGAGGAGCAACAACCAGAACAACACCGCCUCUCCCACGACCUCGACACUCCUCUCCGACCUGCACGAAGACAUUUACUCGUCGUCAAUACCCCCAAUCACACUGCGCCUGCGCCCGACGCUGGGCCGCACCGUGGACGGCAUCUACGGCGACCCGACGCGCGGCUUCCGCCUGCUCGAGCGCAAGUGCAACGAGAACAGCGUCAGGGCCGACAUGCGGAGCCAGGAGAAGCACGUCCGCCGGGGCCAGCGGAGGAAGAACAUCCGCAUCUUGAGGUGGCGCAAGCUGUUCAUGGAAGGGUUCCGGAGCGAGUUGGGCAGGAUUCGCAGGAUGAGGAGCCAGGGCUGGUAA